AUGGAGCCUGGCCUGAAGCUAGAGAAGAAGAAGGAUACGAAGGAGAUGACGUCCAAGCCGUACAGGGAGCUUAUCGGUUGCCUAAUGUACCUCAUGGUGACAUCGAGGCCGGACAUCUGUGCGGCAGUAAACUAUUUUGCUGCAUUCCAGUGCUGUGCUACGGAGGAGCAUUGGGUGCACCUCAAGCGAGUGUUACGCUAUCUUCAAGGUACGACCGAUUACAAGCUCGUGUACCGUCGACAGGUAUCACCAACCAUUCUCGAAGCGUACGCGGAUGCUGAUUGGGGUAAUGACCCGAAUGAUCGGCGUUCGGUUUCCGGGUUCGUUAUCAAGCUGUGUGGAUCUGUGGUUGCGUGGACAACCAAGAAGCAGUCUUCGGUCGCGCUUUCAACCACGGAGGCGGAACUGAUGGCCCUUUGCCUGACCAGUUGCGAGCUGGCUUGGAUGGCGAAAUUACUCAGCUCUAUUGGAUGUGCUAUGAACGAACCAAUCAACAUCUUUGAAGACAAUCAACCUUGUAUUGCUAUAAUCGUCGAACCAGGGAAGCAGAAAAGGUUGAAACAUGUGGAUAUCCAGCAUUUCUUCGUUCGUGAGUUGGUUGAGGAUGGUAAGCUGCGUAUUGUGUACUUGCCGACUGAACAGCAAAUUGCCGAUUGUUCGGAUACCAAACCAAAAUUUUUGUAG